UCAAUCUGAAUUUGCCAUUACUGUUCUUUCGGGCAUGGUGUUCGCUGUGGUUAAUAUUGGCUGCAAGUGAUAGACAUUUGAUACAAAAUGCUGUCAAGAUUGGCUUUUCGCAAUGCUCAGUUGAUGUCUGUGGCUGUGCGUGGAACUCAAAGUGCUUCGUCAGUAGCUGUAGAGCGUCCCAAACGCUUGAUUAAUCCAUCUCCAGUUAGACAUGGAUUUAUACCUGAAGAAUGGUUUCAGGCAUUUUAUCCAAAAACUGGUGCAUCAGGCCCUUAUGUAUUUGCCAUAACUGUGAGCACUUACUUACUUUCCAAAGAAAUUUAUGUUCUAGAACAUGAAUUUUAUAAUGGGUUAUCACUACUCGUAAUAUGUGUAGCAAGUGUAAAAUUAUUUGGCUCGAAAGUUGCACAGGCAUUAGAUAAAGAAGUGGAUAAACUUGAUAAAGAACUUGAAGAUACUAGAACUAAUGAAAUAGCUUUUUAUGAGGAGUCAAUUGCACAUGAAAAAAAAGAGCAAUCAAACUUGGAUGGACAGAGAAUGAUAAUGGAUAUUAAAAAGGAGAAUAUCAAGAUGCAGCUGGAAGGAACUUACAGAGAACGUAUGAUGCAGAUCUAUGAAGAGGUAAAGAAGCGUCUUGACUAUCAAGUACAAAUACAAACUCUCGAGCGUCGACUCGCACAGAAACAUAUGGUGCAAUGGAUUGUGAAUGCUGUACUAAAAUCUAUCACUCCUGAACAGGAAAAGGCGACUCUAUUGCAAUGCAUCAAAGAUCUUGAUGGUCUUGCCGCGAAAGCGUAAAGUGUCGCAGUAUAUUAAAUUAGAUAAAAUAGAAAUAAUGGCAUAAAGGAAACGUCAUCACCAAACAACAUUCACUUUGUGCACUUUCUUAAAUAUUAUUUCCAAAUAUUUAAAAUGGUCGAAACGUUAUAAAUGAAUAAAUGCCAUGUUAUAACAGUACAGUGUAAA